AUGGCAUGGCAUGGCAUGGCAGGUCCCGGGUGCAAGGCGAGCAUUGUACGCAUAGGGAAAGGGAAUGCAUCAGCCAACGGCGCCCGGUCGCGCAGGGCAGGCGAGAGGCUCAUGGCGCGGUGCAUGUGUCAGUCCAGGGGCGGCGGGAGAGCGGUUGCGUGGGCGGGUGCGUGGGCGGGUUUGGGAUCGAAUGAGCAUGGUGGGUGGCAGUGGUUCAGCGGAGGAGCCCAGCCACAGCGACCGAGUUCCAACGGCGGGCGCGCCACAGACGUCAAGCCACUGAGCCCCACCCGUGUCACCCGUGUCACCCGUGUCACCCGUGUCACCCCGACUCACAGUGUCAAGCUGAGAUUGGCGGCCCCGGUGGCGCCCAUUCCCCCCAUCGGCCAUCCCAUAAUAGACGGGACGCACAUGCGCAUGCACAUGCGCAAGACGUCUCUGAGCAUCAGCCCACCGUGGACCGGCCCUGCGCAGUGCCGAUGCAGAUGCAGAUGCAAGUGCCAGAAUAGCCUUUGGGCUCGCUCGCACCCGCUGGCCGAGGCGAUCCCUGGCCCUGCUACUGGCUAUAUAUGUGGGUUUGUGGAGACAGACAAAGUACUACCGCUACUACUUACUUACUACCUUUGGUUGUGUACUGUACACGGUCGUCGCCGUCCACGCUCACCCGCUGCUCGUGUUGGCACGCUCACGGCAUCGCAACCAGUGGACCACGGCCCAGCCUGGUCCCGAGGCGGUGACCAGGCCCUCGACCGACUGCUAGCACAGAAGAGGCCCCAAAUGCAAACACGCGCGCAUCCGGAGCCCUACAAGGCGUUCGCCGCAUGUCUCAAGUGCAAGCACACACGCAGCUGCCAUGUUUCUGAUACACGCCUUGGCACGUCUGCCUCUGCGUCCCAUCCUCCGCCUGCCAGCAGCCAGCUGCCAGCUGCCAGGCGACCAAUCUCAGUCCGUCUCGGCUCCUUCCACCAUGCGCCACUCGGCCCUGUCUGCUCCCCUCCUUCCCUCCCUCUCUCCCCUGCUGCCUUUGGUCCCUAUUCCCUAUUCCCUCACUUGCCGCCUCUUCCCUUUGUCCCUCUACCCUCCCCGUCGCCUAUUGCGGCCUGCCCUCCAAUAUUGAUUACCUGCGCGCGUGCUCCUUGGCUGCAUCUACCGUGUACCGUGUACCGUGUACCGUGUACCGCCCCAACCUGCCACCACGCCAGACAAAAAAGGUCCCCUAUGUACGCACUCACGAUCUGCCAAGUUGAUCGCUUGUUGAUCAUAUCUACAUGA